AUGCGGUGGACAUGUCUAUGGAGCACUUUUGGUUUACUCUUUCCAGCAGCUCUGGUACCUUUUGUGUUAAGCGAUGAUAACGGCUAUUUUCUGGCAUCAUUAUACAAAUCUUUGCUUGAAGGUAACUACACAUCAGCAAUCCGGCCUCAUUGUAGCGAAACGGCAGUGAAUGUAACAGUCGAUGUAGGACUUCGAGAAAUAGUAGACCUGUCAGAGAAACAGGAAACCAUCAAACUGAAAAUCUGGGUUCGCCUCCAGUGGGAAGACUGCAAUCUCACGUGGAAUACUUCAGACUUCGGUGGAAUUUCUAAAAUGGUUGUUCCAUACGACAAAAUAUGGAUCCCAGAUGUGACUUUGCUCGAGGGUAUUAAUGAGAUUGCAAAUAUGCCAGAUAUGAAACAAUAUAGGGCUUUGAUAUCAAAUCUUGGUGAAGUUCAUUAUCAGUUCCCAACAACAGUGCUAAUGUCAUGCGGGAUGAACAUCGCCAAGUUUCCAUUUGACUAUCAAAUAUGUACAUUGACGUUUGGUUCCUGGAUACAUACAAAAAGCGAAAUAGAUAUGUUCAGUAAAUCUGAAACUGGAGACCUCACUUCCUUCAUUGUCGACCAAGAAUGGAUUGUGGUAAGUCUACAGGCAGCCAAGAUUACUGAAUUGUUCAAUUGCUGUGAUGAACCAUUCUCUAGUAUUUUGUAUAAACUGGUGAUCAAACGCAAAGCCACUUUCUACAUAAUCACGAUGAUUCUGCCUUUCUUUGCCCUCACCAUGUUAUCUAUUGCUGGUUUUGUUUUGCCACUGAACUCCCAUGAGAAGAUCGCAUUCCAUAUGGACAUUGUUUUGACAGUAACUGUGUUUCUGCUGUUGAUUCAUGACACACUUCCAUCCUCCUCCGAAUUCUUCCCAACAAUUGGAAUUUACUUCUCCAUCACCCUUCUGUUGAUGUGUGUGUCGUGUGUCAUGUCUGCCAUAGUUCUUUAUCUGUUUUACCAUGAUCGCAGUGAUGAGGAUGUGCCAGAUUGGGUGAGAUUAUAUUUAGCUAAGGGACUGCAACAAAAACCUGUGAAUAGCGGGAACACAGAAGCAACAAACAAUGUCCCCGAGAACAACGAGGAGGAAGAAAGGAAUAGAGCGAUGCCAGAAUGGAUGAGGAUAUUUCUUGUUCAGGGUGAAGGUGAGAAAGAAGUUCUAGAUCAAAAUAUAAUGACUACUGAUAAAUCCAAAAAGUGGGAAAAGUUAGCCUACCGCCUAGAUCGGUUCUUUGCUGUUUUCUACAUCUUUGUCACGAUCCUCAACACCACCGCCUUUCUCAUUGUGCUUAGUCAGAAUGAUGAACCAUAAAUGUGUUAAAUAGUAGAGUUCAUGGAAAAUUCAAUACAGGAUCAUUGUGUUUACAUAUUGGAGAUGAAUUACAUUGACAGAGAGUA